UUGCUAACUUUACGAACCUCCUGUGCACAGUAUUACGCCAUGGAUCGCAAACAGCCAUGCCGAGUCCCUUUGACUUUUAAAAUUGCAGAAACAUGUUCAACUUCGAAAGCUCGAACUGGAUUAAUGAUUCUACCGCAUCACGAUGUUGACACUCCGGUAUUUAUGCCGGUUGGCACUCAGGGAACCCUGAAGGGGCUGCUGCCUCAGCAGUUGGAAAAAUUGGACUGUCAAAUAAUUCUCGGAAAUACGUAUCACCUCGGAACAAGACCAGGUACAACUAUUUUGCAAAUGGCAGGUGGCUUGCACCAAUUUAUGAAUUGGAAAAGAGCUCUUCUCACUGAUUCAGGUGGAUUUCAAAUGGUCUCUUUACUUCAACUCGCACAUAUCACUGAAGAGGGUGUAACGUUCCGUUCUCCCUAUGACGGAUCUGAAUGUGUGUUGACACCGGAACACUCAAUUGAGAUACAAAACACAAUUGGUGCAGAUAUCAUAAUGCAGCUGGAUGAUGUGGUCCAUGCAAAAGUAACCGGGCCUCGAGUUGAAGAGGCAAUGCAUAGAACCACAAGAUGGGUAGACAGGUGCCUUUUGGCUCAUCAAAAAUCUGAUGAGCAAAAUAUUUUUCCUAUUGUUCAAGGCGGACUGGAUCCACAGCUCAGAACAGAGAGUGCUAAAUUGUUGACACAGCGGCAAGUCAAUGGUUUUGCCAUAGGAGGUUUGAGUGGUGGAGAAAGCAAGAAUGAUUUUUGGAGAAUGGUACAUUUGUCAACCAAUGUUCUACCGGUCGAUAAACCAAGGUAUUUAAUGGGGGUUGGAUUUGCUGUUGAUUUAGUCGUAUGCUGCGCUUUGGGAGUGGAUAUGUUCGACUGUGUCUUUCCAACCAGAACAGCGAGAUUUGGCUGUGCGCUGAUACGGACAGGUCAGUUAAAUUUGAGACAAAAGCAGUACAAAUACGACACGGCACCAAUAGACGAUUCCUGUGAUUGUUCAACCUGUAAGAACUAUACUCGUGCCUAUUUACACCAAAUAGUGACACAGGAAACCGUGGCUUGUCACUUGCUGAGCGUGCAUAACAUCAACUUCCAAUUGAGGCUGAUGAGAGAUAUCAGGGACAGUAUCAAAGAGCAGACAUUUCCCCAGUUUGUUCGAAAAUUUAUGUUAGAGUUAUACCCGGAUGGAGAAUAUCCAACGUGGAUAACAGAGGCGCUGGAAGCUGUUGAUAUUAAAUUAUCGAAAUGAUUACUUCAAUACACUAGAAAAUAAAUUUAAUUAAAACUAAAUAGACAAGGUUUGGCUUUCUUGUCGUUUCAUUGGUUGAAAACAGUCAUCUGAAUUCUGAACUCACUGCAUACUUUUCCUGCAGCUUGAAUUUGUAAUUACACUUUGUAAUUAGUGACAUUUUUUCUUUUUCUGUUCACUAACCCAUGUUAUUGAAACAGCUUUUUUUUAUUUUUUAUUUUACUGAAGCAAAAGCUUAACAUGCGUUUUUACUGAACUAAAAAUCUACCCAACCUACAGGAUUUUUAGCUCAAGUCUAAUAACUAGAGGUGCCUCAUUCCAUGUAACUCAACAGCUGGACUGGAUUCAAUUUUGUAUACAUAAUAAUAUUAAUAUAAUACAUAAUAUUUGUUUUCGUUGAACUUAAAAAGUCGUCUUUAGUAUAACAUUUCGAACAAGAUACAAAAAGCCCUGAUUUUACUCUGGCUCCAACCUAUAAAAGCUAAUAUCAGUUUUCAAAGUAAUUGGAUUAUCAAUACAAUUAUUUUCUUAUAUUCAUAUAAGAAUUACCGUACUCACCGUUAUGGUGAAAAAUUCGGUAAAUAAACGAAUAGGUAUAUUUUCAUAAAUUACGUAUUUAAAUGGGAAAAGUCACAUGAAAAAUCCUAUCGCAACAAUCCUAUAUUUCAGGUACACUUCUGUAUGGAGAAACUAAUAUUUAAACUUUCAUUCUGCCGAAAAAAAAUAUAUAUGCUAUCAUUGUUGCUAAUUUGAUUAUAAAAUAAUUCAAUUUAAACUCUGUAGUUAUACUAUGGAAACGCGCGAUUGACAGCAUUCAUCCAUAGGCAAGUUGGUCCGUUGUGAAAAUAUAUCUAUUGGUAGUAAAAAAAGAUGGAAAUAAGAAUGUUUAAUAUUGAUUACAAGUCAGUGUUUCAGUGAAUCACAGCUUGCGUGAACUUCAUCAUAAAACUAUGUUUCAUCAGUUACAUUUUAUGAGAAAUUUCUUGCACAGAAAAGAUCUGGAUUGAUGCUGAAUUCUGCUGUGCUAACAUAUCUACUUGAAGCUACAAAACUAGCAUUAUAAUACGAUAAAUGGUAAGGUACGAAACAUGGCCAGACAACUAAUGAGUUUUUUUUUUUUUUUUUUUAAAUAUUGCAUGUUGUAAAGUAAUACAGCAGGCUGAAUAAAAGAUGGGUAAAUGUUGACAUAGUCGACCAAUAAAUCAAUUUUGUAAUAUUAGUUAGCAUUGAGAAUAAAUGCAUCACAUAAAGUCGUCCGAAUCAUAGCCAGUGUUCUCGGUAUUCGUUGUCAUGUUGUUUGGGCUGAACAGCGAAUUGUAGCUUCUGGAAACCAGAUGCAAAAAAAAAAAAACUUCAGCAGUGCAAAAAAGUAAAUCGACGAAUGAAUGAA